AUGCUGAAUCUCAGAAGACAGCCCAUAUAUGCUCGGAAGAGUGCCCCCAAGAGAAAGACGCUUGACCACUAUGCCAUCAAGUUCCCCCUGAAAACUGAGUCAGCCAUGAAGAAGACUGAAGACAACACCACACCUGUAUUUAUCGUGGAUGUCAAAGCCAACAAGCACCAGAUCAAACAGGCUGUGAAGAAGCUCUAUGACACUGAUGUGGCAAAGGCCAACACCCUGAUUAGGCCUGAUGGAGAGAAGGAGGCGUAUGUUCAGCUGGCUCCUGACCAUGAUGCUUUGGAUGUUGCCACAAAACUGGGAUCAUCUAAACUGAGUCUAGCUGGCAAAUUCUAA